CUCUUCUUAUCCCCAAAAAAUCGAAAACAAGAAAUUCUCCAGUUUUCCAUGGACUUCACUCCUUAGCUUCACCACUUUCUCAAAUCAUGUCCUACAACACAUCAUCAAUUGAUACCAAGUUAUCAAAGCACACCUCAUUUUUUGGCAUAAGAUUAUGGGUUCUAAUUCUUGCUUUGAUUGCUGUCUUCACUGUUCUGUUUUUAGUCAUCAUGGCUGCUUGCUUCAUCUGUCUUUGUCGCCGAAAAUCCAAACCUUUCAAUCCCCAUUUAAGGCGCUUAUUGAACCCCAUUUCGAUGAAAGGUUUUCUGAAUUCUUACACUAUUCCAUCCAAGGAUAAAAGGCUUCUGUCGCAUCGGAUUUCGGAGGUUGAAAUGAACAUUGAAAAGUUAGACCAUCAUCAUCAGGUGAUUUUAACUGAUCAAUGUUCUAAUGUGAGCACUGGGCUCACAACUCGAUGGAGUGGUACUGGUGUAGCUGAUUUGGAGCCUACUGCUAGGUACUCUUCUGUGGUUCCUGAUGCAUGGAGGGGAAACCGGAUUGCUUUGAAAGAGAUUGAGGUUGUUACGGAUGGAUUUGCUGACAUGAAUAUGAUUGGAAGUGGAGAUUAUAGUGUUGCGUAUCGGGGCGUGCUGUUGGAUACUACCCGAGUGGCUGUAAAGAGGCUACUGAGUAACAGUUGUCAAGCUGAGGACUUCAUAGCAGAAGCGGAAAUGAUAGGGCAUAUCAGGCACAAGAAUUUAGUCAAAUUGCUUGGAUACUGUAUGGAAGAAGGUUACAGAAUUCUUGUGAGCGAGUACGUUGACAAUGGUAAUCUGCAUCAAUGGCUUUAUGGAUGUCCUGAACAACCCAGCCCUCUAACAUGGGCUAUACGGAUGAACAUCAUCCAAGGAAUAGCUAAAGGAUUAGCCUACCUUCACGAAGAUAUCGAGCCAAAGUUUAUUCAUCAGAACCUAAAAUCUAGCAACAUACUGCUUGAUCACCAGUGGAAUCCCAAGAUAUCUGAUUUUGGGAUUGCUAAACUCUUCGGCCCUCAAUGGAUCGACAUAACAACUCUUGCAAUGGAAACAUCUGGUUAUUUAGCUCAUGAACACGAAUAUACUGGAGUUCUGAGUGAAAAAAGUGACGUUUACAGCUUUGGAAUACUUAUCAUGGAGAUCAUAUGUGCCAGGGCUCCUGUAGAUCACAAUCAGCCUCAGGUAUAUUUGGUUGACUGGUUGAAGUCUAUGGUUGCGAAUAAGCAAAUCAUGUUUGUUGUGGAUCCUAAAUUGCCAGAAAUUCCAUCAUCUAAGGAACUAAAACGAAUACUUUUGCUUGCUCUUCGCUGUGUUGAUCGUGAUAUAAAACAUAGGCCUACAAUGGGGGAUGUGAUCCACAUGCUUGAGCCUCGUGACUUACUGCUUGAUGAUGAUCGUCGAAUUAGGAGAGAUGGCUCAUCUUGUCGAUAUAAACAGCAAGAGAGUCAUAUUGUUACCCAAUUUGGUGUAGGUGAUUUCAGUACACAUGAGAAAGAGAGUAACAUUAAUCUCUAUCAGAAAAUCUUGCCGACAUAAGAAGAUUUUAUUCCGAACAGAUCAUGGAUAAUCUGACUUCUGAGAGGUUUAGACAUCUUCUUUUCAAGUUUUAGUUUACCAGUAGCUGUACAGAUCAAGCUAUGAAAUUUCUGUUCAUCUGUAGUUACUCUCAACAUUAGCUAAAUCAAUAAUUUUCUCCAUUCAGUUCA